AUGAAUGAAGUUAAAUAUUAUUUAUUAUUAAAAUAUUUAAAAUAAAAAUUAAGGGCUUCUAAGGUUCAGGUCUUUGAAAAAAUAAGACCCGAUUAUGCUCGAACUCUAGCCUUAAAAAGGUCGCAAAGACUACCAGGUCUGGUUCCCAUGGACGAAGGAGCCAGAAUAGUUUUCCCAGGGUUUGGGNUUUAAAAGUCUUAACUCUACCAAAAAGAUAUCAAAAUUGAAUUAAUUAUUGAAAGUGAUGAAAUUAUCUUAGAAGAAACAACCUUUUAUUUGAAACUCACAAAUAUUGUCGAAUAUACUAUUGCUAAUGAGCAAGAAUUAGUGAAGGAAUAUCAAAGUAUCCCUAAAAUUUUGACAUCCAAACCCUUUAAAUUUGAUGAUGAAACAUUCCCAAAUGGAUUGUUUGAUGUAUAAAAAUGCAUUUAAUGUUCUCUUAACUAUAAAGAUUAAGGUAGAUCAUUAUUUUUUUCUGGAAGUAUAUAUGAUCAACAAUUUAUUUGCAGAGUAAUAAAUUAAUAAAUAUAUAUUAGAUUACUUUAGAUGAAGAAAAAUAAGCCUAAGUGAAUAUUAAGCAGCUAUAAUAAGAUGAAGAAUUAUGUAAAAGAUUAGUGCUAUCCUAUAUUGAAGCAUUAAACAAAAUUUGA